CUCCUCACUUAGCUAGUGCGCGUGAGACCAAAAGUAACGGUUUGAACGACAAGUCGGCAAGAUAGCCAACCCUUUUAAGAGGAAUAACAGAUACAAAGUAUCUAUAACAUGCCUAGAUCGUUCUUGGUUAAGAACAAGAGGACCCUAAAAGCUCCCAAUGGCAGUGAGGACCAAGUAUUCCAGCCUGAAGAUGAUGAGGGAUGCACACAAGAAAAGAGAAGCAAAGACUCUAUCAGUAGUGAUUCUACUAGUGAAGACAAUGAACAAAGUUCUGGAAUGACCUCACCAAAACUCUUCAAAGAUGAUGAGAUUCUUCCUCCCAGUAAGACAAACAUGCAUGAGUUUUUCCGCCGACUCAAAGARAAACUAUCACUUAAUGUCGAUGGGGAAGAAGAUGGCUUAAGAGAGUGUAAAGACACUGAAAUGACGGCGAGGAAAGGUAUUCUCAAUGAAGACGGUGAGUCUUCAAGACUAACUGAAGAUUUCCUAAAGGAAAUGUUAAAAGGAACAAAUGAAAAAUACCAAGUUUCUAAAGAAAAGAAUUCACGCGGAGAAAGUGAUAAAAUAAAUGAAAGUACAAAGAAUUUAGAACCACUCCCUAAUACCAGCAAAGAUGUGUUCACAGGAACAGCAAGAGGAAAUUGCUGGCAAAGGUCUUCUUCAUCGGACGAAAUCGAGUUGGAUGAAAAUAAUUUAGUUUCAAGUAAUAACAAUAGCGAGUCAGUUAAUGAAGAAACGAGGCAAAUACCCCCUGAAAUUCCUAGGGAUUUUGAAUCACAAUUUAAAAUGGUAAAAUCCUUGAGUUGCUCAAGCGUCGUGAAAUCACCGCUCAGAGAUGUAAUAGACGAGCCUUCAUUGGAUCAAAGUGUUAAAGAAGAUUCUACGGGAAAUCCCAGAAAUAUUGAAAACGAAGGUAAAGACACAGAGGACAUAAGGCGGAAGAGUGAAACCGAUUCUGCAGGAAUCCCGAAGGACGCGUCUAAAGUUUCUGCAAGCGCGCCAAGGGACCUUGUUGGAGAAUAUGCUGGUAUCUCGAGAGACAUUGUUAGAAAUCACGUGGACAAACCAAGAGACGCUGUUAUAGAUUGCCCGAAUAAUCCAAAGGAGACUUCCAGACAUUCUACAGGCAUCUCUAGAGAAACAAUGGAAGAUUCUGCGGGUGUCCCGAGGGUGACUACAGCAGAUUCUGCGGGCAUCCCGAGCGCAGUUUCACCUCCUGCCCUUCUCUCAGUCUCAGAAAGAAAAUAUGGGCGCCACGAUAGCAGCGCGUUCUCUUCCCGUCAAGACAUCGAAUUAAAGCAACACACUUACAACAAAUCAAGACAUGAGGGAAUGGACUGGGACCAGAGACACAUGGACCGACAAAUACACGGUAAUGACAUCAUAAUGAAGGAUAAACCGAUUAAUCUGCCUGGACGAAUUAUUUAUGAAGAUGACAUCAUCAAGUCCCCGACUAUACAUCCAGCGCUGAAUCGAAAUGUUGAUCCCUUUUUCGGACGACUAACGCCUGUCGUAAACCCAUGCUACCAAGAAGUGCACCCUUUGACGUCGCCGGUUUUUCCAACCAAUCAGAUGCCAGAAUUGAACCAUUUGCCAUCAAUACCCACAAUGCAUCGCAGCGUGACAGAUCCUGAACUAGUUCGUUACUUAAUGCUUCAAAAUGGCGCUAUGAAAGAACCAAUGAAACCAUACCAAUGGUACAACCAUGAUACAUAUGAAAGAAGUGCAUAUCCCGCGGGAUGGGACCCGUAUCUCGGGUCGAGGGGAUUCUUAUCACCAUCGCAGGUUUAUAAAGAGGGUAAGAACGCUCAGGAAGGUUUCAAUGGUACGCGAUACAAAUGUGGGUUGUGCGGAGCAUCAUUCUCUCUCCAGAGACUUUUAAACCGACACAUGAAGACCCAUUCGUUCUACAAGCGAUAUCACUGUCAGUUUUGUGGCAAAGGAUUCAACGAUAC